CUCUGCAAGGGUGCCGGACGCGAAUUUCUCAGAGCCAGCCGCCGCAGGUGCCGUACUGCCGUGAACUUCUUCGCGAUGUUUCCCUUGGCCAAAAACGCACUAAGUCGUCUUCAAAUGCGAAGCAUUCAGCAAGCAAUGGCAAGGCAUAGCCACCAGAAACGGGCACCUGAUUUCCAUGACAAAUAUGGUAAUGCUAUUUUAGCUAGUGGAGCUACUUUCUGUAUUGCUGUCUGGACAUAUACAGCAACACAAGUUGGAAUCCAAUGGAACCUGUCCCCUAUUGGCAGAGUCACCCCAAAGGAAUGGAGAGAUUAGAAAUCAAAUCAGCUGGUGGUGUAAUACUGAAUUGUUUCAAAAUCAACUUUUAAAUUGAUUCAAGUAAAAGCACCACAUGUGGCAUUAUUGAAGAAAUAAAAUGCAUUUGAAAUUA